GCGUUAAGACAUUCGUAUAUGAAAUGUUUGCAGUUAUGUAGAUAAACAAUGUUCAAGCGCAUGAUGUUGUGUGAUGGACAUGUCCUUCCACCUGAUCAACGUGAUGAGCAGUGGCUCUCCUCUCUCCGUCAGGUCGGUCAGUCUCCCAGCGUUUUACUGGUGGAGGCGUUUUACGGCGGCUCUCACAAACAGCUGAUCGACCUGCUGAAGGAAAACGUCGACGGCUGCUGCGUCUUCACGCUGCCCGCCAAGAAAUGGCACUGGAGGGCGAGAACGGCGGCGCUGCACUUCAGCCAGACCAUCCCCAGCUGUCCGUCAUACAGAGUCCUGUUCAGCAGCUCGGUCCUGAACCUGUGUGAGCUGGUGGCUCUCCGACCGGAUCUGGCCCGGCUGAAGAAGGUCCUGUACUUCCACGAGAACCAGCUGGUCUAUCCGGUCCGCAAAGACCAGGAGAGGGACUUCCAGUACGGAUACAACCAGGUGCUGUCAUGCCUGGUGUCGGACGUGGUGGUGUUCAACUCGCGCUUCAACAUGGACUCCUUCUUGUCCUCCAUCCCCUCCUUCAUGAAGAAGAUCCCGGACCACCGGCCCACCGACCUGGACCGCCUGAUCCGCCCCAAGUGUGUGGUCCUGAACUACCCGGUCCAGUUCCCAGAUGUCAGCAGGCUGCUGCCCGAACACAAACUCCUCCGCCGGACUGCACACGUCGACGACCAGAAACCUGUUGGUGACCACGAUCCACAUCAGUCCACAUCUGGACCCAGAACAGACCUACAUCAGUCCACAUCUGGACCCAGAACAGAUCCACAUCAGUCCACAUCCGGACCCAGAACAGACCUACAUCAGUCCACAUCCGGACCCAGAACAGACCAGGACCCUGCCGGUGAGCUGGACGCUGCAGACCAGGUGAAGCCUCUGCACAUCGUGUGGCCUCACAGAUGGGAGCACGACAAAAACCCCGAGCUGUUCUUCAACACUCUGCUGAAACUGAAGGAGAGACGGCUGGACUUCCAUCUGUCGGUGCUGGGAGAGACGUUCACCGACGUGCCAGAGAUCUUCUCGGAGGCCAAGCGUCUGCUGGACUCUCACAUCCUGAACUGGGGUUACCUGCCCAGUAAGGACGAUUACCUGCAGGUGUUGUGUCAGGCCGACGUUGUCGUCUCCACUGCCAACCACGAGUUCUUCGGCGUGGCCAUGUUGGAAGCCGUCCACUGCGGCUGCUAUCCCCUGUGUCCGAAGGCGCUGGUGUAUCCUGAGAUAUUUCCAGCACAGUACCUGUACUCCACACCUGAGCAGCUCUGUAAGCGGCUGCAGGGACUCUGCAGGAGGCCUGAUGUCGCCAGGAGACAUGUCGUCAUGGUCGACACCUCCUCCUACUCCUGGGCCGCUCUGAGGCUGAGGUUUCAGACUCUGCUAACAGAUGAGCAUCCGUGAAUGCACCAUGGACAUCUGGAGGUCCGGCAGUUUGAAUCGGUGCGGUUCGUCUCUGCCUCCUCUGAGCUCUCAGUCAAAGCGGGUCUGGACCUGUUAACAUUCCGUCUCCUGUGAGCAGGUUGGAGGGUUAACGUGUUGAGUCUGUCAUGUUUCAGAGGUGGAACCAUGUCGUGUUUCUACACAGAUCCUUCUACGAUACACGGGACUGAGCCGCAGCCAGAACCUGCUGCCCUAAACUGCCUGGUUCUGGUCCUAGUCUCAGCUCUGGUCCUGGUCUCAGUUCUGGUUAUCAUCAGACAAGUUUGAACACAGUUCAGGAGGAUUUCAUCCAAACAUCAGCCUGUUUUUAAUGAAGUCACAUUUUCUAAAAGACUCCUUCAGAUCUAAUCAAUAAUCAAUAGACUGACCUGUGGAAGCUCAUUCCUGCCGAUUAAGUGUGGACGAAAGUCAAAGACAAAAAAGAACAUCAGGAAAAUAACAAUGACAACUUUAUUUGAUAAGGAGUCAAAAACAACGCUGCCAAUAAAGUUUUGUUGUAGUUUUGUAAAAUGAUGUGAAUUUCUCUGUUUGCACGGUAAACCUACAAGACCUUGAACACAUCACACUGUGGUCUGUUGUCCCUGUUGAACGUUGACCCUGAACGCAGCAUGCAGUUGUCUGUUGACCUCAAAAGCAUCAUAAUGUUAUAUGCUGAUCAGAACGCAUCACACUGCUGUAUGCUGACCAUGAACGCAGCUUGCUGUUGACCUUGAAGGUAUCAUACACUGUUGUCUGCUGUCCUUGAAUGCAUCACGCUGUUCUAAGUUGAACCUGACGCCUCAUACUGCUGUUUGUUUACCACGAAUGCCUCACACAGUUCUUUACUGGCCCUGAAUGCCUCACGCUGUUGUCUGAUGACCCUGAAUGCAUUGCGCUGUUGUCUGAUGACCCUGAAUGCAUCACGCUGUUGUCUGAUGACCCUGAAUGCAUUACGCUGUUGACUUUGAACGCAUCACGGUGUUGUAUGUUGACCCUGAAUGCCUCAUACUGUUGUCCCAAAAACGUAUCAUGCAUGUUUCCUUGAAUGCAUCGCGCCCUGAACACUGUUGUUUACUGUCCCUGAACACAUCACACUGUUGUUCCUGAACGCCUCAUGCUGUUGGCUGUUGUCCCUGAAUGCAUCCUGCUUUGGACCCUGAACGCCUCAUGCUUUUGGCUGUUGUCCCUGAAUGCAUCAUGCUUUGGACCCUGAACGUCUCAUGCAGUUGGCUGUUUUUGAUGAAUAUCUUGUGCUGUCGUAUGUUGACCUGAAUGCCUCAGUGUUGUUUACUGUCCCUGAAUGCAUCACGCUGUUGACCCUGAUCACCUCACAUUGUUGUUUGCUGUCCCUGAAUGCAUCAUGCUGUUGUAUGUUGUCCCCGACGCAUUGCGCUGUUUUCUGUUGUCCCUGAACGCCUCAUGCUGUUGUCCAAGUGUUCAUGGGAAUCCUUCUCAUGCUGUUGUCUGUUUUCCCUGAAUGCCUUAUGCUGGUUUUUGUUGGUUGUCCAUGAAUGCCUCACAGAGUUGUCUACUGUCCCUGAAUGCAUCAUGCUGUUGUCCAUGUAUUCAUGGGAAUCCUCUUGUCAUUGUUGUAAGUUGACCCUGAACACAUCA